ACGAUCGCCAAAUAUAUAAGCAUUACGUGACGAAAUUAAAAAUUUUAAGAAGAAACGUGAUAUUUCUUCAAAAUUGCAUCAGCUUUCUCGUAUAAGUAGAGGCUCAUACGGAAACUGAUAAUGUACUGAUCGUCAAAAUGAAGCAUAGGCUUUUUCUGCUUCCUUUAUUUGUCCUUUUGGGCCAGCAAGUGUAUACUAGUGACAUUCUAUUUAUUUCCUCGCAAAACCAAAAAAAUGGACAUGGCUUGGAUUUUAUAAGAAACCAAAACGAUAGUCAUCCCACACCUAUUACAAUAUCAAGUAUUAAAUGUAGCUACGAAGGUGAAAUUACUCCAAGUCCAGAGUUAAUGAGGUAUUUCAUUUGUAAGUACCCAGCGCAUCCCAAAAAUAGCCCAUUGAAGGCAUACUUAAGGUGUUGCAAACCACAACGAAUGUUUAACGUUAAAACGGGAACUUGUGAUAAAAUAAAGGGAGGCGGAUAUCUAAUUUGUGUAAUUAAAAAAGCACAAUGCCCAAAUAACUACAUUGGUAUAGCGCCACACCCAUCACAAAUGGAUAAAUAUAUUCAAUGUUUAACAGACACAAUAUAUGUUUUUCAAUGUGCCAUACCCAAUGCAACUUUUGUACCUGACAAACAGGAAUGCAUGGUCGAGAACUGGAAUACAAUAUUAAAACGUGACGAAUCAAAUGGGACAAUUCCUCGUAUCAAUUGCACCCACGCACAUUUUGAUAAUACACACACAAAUGUAAAAAACUCACAAUGUGCAUAUUUAUGUGUAGAAAAUAAAAACCAUUAUGAUUUGGUCAUUCAAUGUAAAAAAGGAAUCCCAGGAAACAAGUUCACAUCACAAACCAGGACACACGAUAGUGAGGCAAAUAAAAGUAAACAUGAAAUAUCAAAAAGAAGUAGCCAUUCAAUAAAGAAUCAUGAAAAUUCUGACAUAAAAACACCAGCAAGCGAACACACCAUAGAACACAUUGACCCCAACCACUCAAACGGCGACAACAGUCAGUCUCAUGGUGGCGGCAAAUCAAGCACACCCCAGAAAGAUAUCGACAACAGUCAGUCACAUGGUGGCGGAAAAACAGGCACACCCAAGAAAGAUAACGACAACAGUCAGUCACAUGGUGGCGGAAAAACAGGCACACCCAAGAAAGAGAACGACAACAGUCAGUCACAUGGUGGCGGCAAAUCAAGCACACCCAAGAAAGAUAUCGACAACAGUCAGUCACAUGGUGGCGGAAAAACAGGCACACCCAAGAAAGAGAACGACAACAGUCAGUCACAUGGUGGCGGCAAAUCAGGCACACCCAAGAAAGAUAACGACAACAGUCAGUCACAUGGUGGCGGCAAAUCAGGCACACCCAAGAAAGAUAACGACAACAGUCAGUUACAAGGUGGCGGCAAAUCAAGCACACCCAAGAAAGAGAACGACAACAAGUCACAUGAUGGCGGAAAAACGGGCACACCCAAGAAAGAUAACGACAACAGUCAGUCACAUGAUGGCGGAAAAACAGGCACACCCAAGAAAGAGAACGACAACAGUCAGUCACAUGGUGGCGGAAAAACAGGCACACCCAAGAAAGAUAACGACAACAGUCAGUCACAUGGUGGCGGCAAAUCAAGCACACCCAAGAAAGAUAUCGACAACAGUCAGUCACAUGGUGGCGGAAAAACAGGCACACCCAAGAAAGAUAACGACAACAGUCAGUCACAUGGUGGCGGCAAAUCAAGCACACCCAAGAAAGAGAACGACAACAGUCAGUCACAUGGUGGCGGCAAAUCAAGCACACCCAAGAAAGAUAACGACAACAGUCAGUCACAUGGUGGCGGCAAAUCAAGCACACCCAAGAAAGAUAACGACAACAGUCAGUCACAUGGUGGCGGCAAAUCAAGCACACCCAAGAAAGAUAACGACAACAGUCAGUCACAUGGUGGCGGAAAAACAGGCACACCCAAGAAAGAUAACGACAACAGUCAGUCACAUGGUGGCGGCAAAUCAAGCACACCCAAGAAAGAGAACGACAACAGUCAGUCACAUGGUGGCGGAAAAACAGGCACACCCAAGAAAGAUAACGACAACAGUCAGUCACAUGGUGGCGGCAAAUCAAGCACACCCAAGAAAGAUAACGACAACAGUCAGUCACAUGGUGGCGGCAAAUCAAGCACACCCAAGAAAGAUAACGACAACAGUCAGUCACAUGGUGGCGGCAAAUCAAGCACACCCAAGAAAGAUAACGACAACAGUCAGUCACAUGGUGGCGGAAAAACAGGCACACCAAGAAAGAUAACGACAACAGUCAGUCACAUGGUGGCGGCAAAUCAAGCACACCCAAGAAAGAGAACGACAACAGUCAGUCACAUGGUGGCGGCAAAUCAAGCACACAUGGUGGCCAAGAAAGAUAACGACAACAGUCAGUCACAUGGUGGCGGCAAAUCAAGCACACCCAAGAAAGAUAACGACAACAGCACACCCAAGAAAGAUAACGACAACAGUCAGUCACAUGGUGGCGGCAAAUCAAGCACACCCAAGAAAGAUAACGACAACAGUCAGUCACAUGGUGGCGGCAAAUCAAGCACACCCAAGAAAGAUAACGACAACAGUCAGUCACAUGAUGGCGGAAAAACAGGCACACCCAAGAAAGAUAACGACAACAGUCAGUCACAUGGUGGCGGAAAAACAGGCACACCCAAGAAAGAUAACGACAACAGUCAGUCACAUGGUGGCGGCAAAUCAAGCACACCCAAGAAAGAUAACGACAACAGCACACCCAAGAAAGAUAACGACAACAGUCAGUCACAUGGUGGCGGAAAAACAGGCACACCCAAGAAAGAUAACGACAACAGUCAGUCACAUGGUGGCGGCAAAUCAAGCACACCCAAGAAAGAUAACGACAACAGUCAGUCACAUGGUGGCGGCAAAUCAAGCACACCCAAGAAAGAGAACGACAACAGUCAGUCACAUGGUGGCGGUAAAUCAAGCACACCCAAGAAAGAGAACGACAACAGUCAGUCACAUGAUGGCGGAAAAACAGGCACACCCAAGAAAGAGAACGACAACAGUCAGUCACAAGAUGGCGGAAAAACAGGCACACCCAAGAAAGAGAACGACAACAGUCAGUCACAUGAUGGCGGAAAAACAGGCACACCCAAGAAAGAGAACGACAACAGUCAGUCACAUGGUGGCGGCAAAUCAAGCACACCCAAGAAAGAGAACGACAACAGUCAGUCACAUGGUGGCGGCAAAUCAAGCACACCCAAGAAAGAGAACGACAACAGUCAGUCACAUGAUGGCGGAAAAACAGGCACACCCAAGAAAGAGAACGACAACAGUCAGUCACAUGGUGGCGGCAAAUCAAGCACACCCAAGAAAGAGAACGACAACAGUCAGUCACAUGAUGGCGGAAAAACAGGCACACCCAAGAAAGAGAACGACAACAGUCAGUCACAAGAUGGCGGAAAAACAGGCACACCCAAGAAAGAGAACGACAACAGUCAGUCACAUGAUGGCGGAAAAACAGGCACACCCAAGAAAGAGAACGACAACAGUCAGUCACAUGGUGGCGGCAAAUCAAGCACACCCAAGAAAGAGAACGACAACAGUCAGUCACAUGGUGGCGGCAAAUCAAGCACACCCAAGAAAGAGAACGACAACAGUCAGUCACAUGAUGGCGGAAAAACAGGCACACCCAAGAAAGAGAACGACAACAGUCAGUCACAAGAUGGCGGAAAAACAGGCACACCCAAGAAAGAGAACGACAACAGUCAGUCACAUGAUGGCGGAAAAACAGGCACACCCAAGAAAGAGAACGACAACAGUCAGUCACAUGGUGGCGGCAAAUCAAGCACACCCAAGAAAGAUAACGACAACAGUCAGUCACAUGGUGGCGGAAAAACAGGCACACCCAAGAAAGAGAACGACAACAGUCAGUCACAUGGUGGCGGCAAAUCAAGCACACCCAAGAAAGAUAACGACAACAGUCAGUCACAUGGUGGCGGCAAAUCAAGCACACCCAAGAAAGAUAACGACAACAGUCAGUCACAUGGUGGCGGCAAAUCAAGCACACCCAAGAAAGAUAACGACAACAGUCAGUCACAUGAUGGCGGAAAAACAGGCACACCCAAGAAAGAUAACGACAACAGUCAGUCACAUGGUGGCGGCAAAACAAGCACACCCAAGAAAGAUAACGACAACAGUCAGUCACAUGAUGGCGGAAAAACAGGCACACCCAAGAAAGAUAACGACAACAGUCAGUCACAUGGUGGCGGCAAAUCAAGCACACCCAAGAAAGAUAACGACAACAGUCAGUCACAUGAUGGCGGAAAAACAGGCACACCCAAGAAAGAGAACGACAACAGUCAGUCACAUGGUGGCGGCAAAUCAAGCACACCCAAGAAAGAUAACGACAACAGUCAGUCACAUGGUGGCGGCAAAUCAAGCACACCCAAGAAAGAUAACGACAACAGUCAGUCACAUGGUGGCGGCAAAUCAAGCACACCCAAGAAAGAUAACGACAACAGUCAGUCACAUGAUGGCGGAAAAACAGGCACACCCAAGAAAGAUAACGACAACAGUCAGUCACAUGGUGGCGGCAAAUCAAGCACACCCAAGAAAGAGAACGACAACAGUCAGUCACAUGGCGGCGACAAAACAAGCACACCCAAGAAAGAGAACGACAACAGUCAGCCACAUGGUGGCGGAAAAACAGGCACACCCAAGAAAGAUAACGACAACAGUCAGUCACAUGGUGGCGGAAAAACAGGCACACCCAAGAAAGAUAACGACAACAGUCAGUCACCUGGCGGCGGCAAAUCAAGCACACCCAAGAAAGAGAACGACAACAGUCAGUCACAUGGCGGCGACAAAACAAGCACACCCAAGAAAGAGAACGACAACAGUCAGUCACAUGGUGGCGGAAAAACAGGCACACCCAAGAAAGAUAACGACAACAGUCAGUCACCUGGCGGCGGCAAAUCAAGCACACCCAAGAAAGAGAACGACAACAGUCAGUCACAUGGCGGCGACAAAACAAGCACACCCAAGAAAGAGAACGACAACAGUCAGUCACAUGGUGGCGGAAAAACAGGCACACCCAAGAAAGAUAACGACAACACUCAGUCACAUGGUGGCGGAAAAACAGGCACACCGAAGAAAGAAAACAGCGAGAACAAGAAGGCACAUAGUGACGCUAAAAUGGGCAAACCGGAUAGACAGAGUAGUGAUAAUGACAAUAGUUCGUCAGGCGAGAUUAGUGGACGAGGCAUUAAAAUCAGAGUGCUUUAA